GCACUUGCCAUUGCGUUAUGUGUCCAAAAUCUGAACAUCAUUGUUGGCACUUCCAGUGAGCAGCCUGGUCCUCCUUCGUCUAAUAUUGAAUGAUUCACCUUCUUGCAGUCCAAGAUAAUGGCGUUUUGUUCAGCGUACCUCUUCAGAUGAGGACAAAUGCCUUGGUUGAAGGGGGUGAAUGAGCUGGCCGGCCACUCUUUAACAAGCAGGUGAAGGUGAACCCUGAGCCAGCAUCUAUGCUGCCAGCCCUGCACCCAGAAUCAGAGACUGGCACCACCUUGGGAAGCAACCCGACAUAAGACGGGACAAUGUAUACCUUCCUGCCAGAGAACUUCACCCCAGUGAAGCAGAAGCCAGCCAAAGAGCUGAAGCCCAUGAUUGCUGCCAUCGUGGUGGGCCUUGUUUUGUUUAUCGCCGCAGUGGUUGCGUGGUGCUACUAUGUGGCUUCCCUCCGGAAGGCAGAGAGGCUCAAGACGGAAGAGAUGGAUUUGCGGCAGGAUGGAUUCACCAUCAAGAACCAGAACGGCGAGCUGGUCUUCAGGGUGGCCUUCCAAUCAGGUCUCCUUGACCUGGAGUCCUGCUCCAGGGAAGGGGCAAAUUUAACCUGCACCCGGACAGACAAAGGGAAAGUCAAUUUUUUCAUAAAGAUUGUCAACCCCAAAGACACUGUGAUCUGCUACCGUGUGCGCUGGGAAGAGUUUGUGGUGGACACAGUGGUGGACCAUAAAAUGUUCUGGGGAGAUGCCCUCUGGUACGGGGGCUGUGAAAUGAGUGUCCAGCACUGGCCAAUCAAGCUGCCGGGAUACCAGGAACCCAUGCCUUUUGUGACCAGCGACGUGUAUUCCUUUAGGAACAGCUUUGGGGGUAUCCUGGAGAGAUACUGGUUGUCCUCCAAAGCAGCAGCCAUCAAGAUCAAUGACUCUGUGCCCUUCCACCUGGGGUUCAAUGCCACUGAACCAUCUCUUGUUUUCCAAGCCAGGUAUAAAGACUCUCCUUAUAAGCCUCCUUUGGGUCAGCAGCCUUUCCCUGAGCUGAGUUACCGGGUCUGCAUAGGUUCUGACGUCACCUCUAUCCACAAAUACAUGGUGCGGAAAUACUUCUACAAGCCUUCGAAGAUACCCUCAAAGAAUGCAUUCAGGUAUCCAAUCUGGUCAACCUGGGCCUUGUACAAAAAUGACAUUGACCAGGAUAAACUGCUGCGUUUUGCAGAAAAUAUCAAAAAAUAUAAGUUCAACUGCAGCCAUAUUGAGAUAGAUGACACCUAUACACAAGCGUACGGCGACUUUGAUUUUGACGCCGUCAAAUUCCCUAACGUGACAGAAACUUUCAAGAAGCUCAAAGAAGAGGGGUUUCAGAUCACCCUCUGGACACACCCAUUCAUAAAUUACAAUUCCUCAAAUUUUGGGGUGGGGAUAGAGAAGCAGCUUUUCAUCAAGGAGCCCACAGGGAGACUCCCCGCCAUGGUCGAGUGGUGGAAUGGCAUUGGCGCCAUCUUGGAUUUCACCAACCCUUCAGCCAGAGACUGGUUCCAGAGCCAGCUGAGACAGCUCCGCAGUAAGUACGGCAUAUCGUCCUUCAAAUUUGAUGCUGGGGAGACAAGCUACCUUCCCAAACAGUUCAGCGCCUUCCGACCUUUGUCGGACCCCAGUAUCUGGUCCAGGCGCUACACGGAGAUGGCCAUUCCGUUUUAUGAACUGGCGGAGGUGAGAGUGGGCUAUCAAUCACAGAAUAUCUCUUGCUUCUUCCGGAUCAUUGACCGGGAUUCGGUGUGGGGCUAUGAACUUGGGCUGAAAUCCCUGAUCCCUACAGUCCUGACUAUCAGUAUGUUGGGAUACCCUUUCAUAUCCGCUGACAUGAUUGGAGGGAAUUUCUUUCCCAACAAAACCGAUGGGGCUGUUGAAAUUCCAGACCGAGAGCUCUACAUCCGCUGGCUGGAGUUGUCCGCCUUCAUGCCGUCUAUGCAGUUCUCCAUCCCCCCUUGGCUCUACGACAAAGAGGUCAUAGAGAUUGCCCUGAAGUUCACCAGGCUUCACGAGUCCCUGGUGGCCCCCCUCUUGCUGGAGCUGGCCGGAGAGAUCACGGACACGGGGGAUCCCAUCAUACGGCCCAUCUGGUGGAUCUCUCCCGGGGACGAGUCUGCUCACAAAAUCGAUUCCCAGUUUCUCAUUGGCGACACCCUGAUGGUGGCUCCUGUCUUGGAGAUGGGGAAACAGGAACGAGACAUCUACAUCCCGGCGGGCAAAUGGCGCAGUUACAAAGGAGAGUUGUUUGAAAAAACUCCCACCUUGAUAACGGACUAUCCUGUUGAUCUGGAUGAGGUUGCUUACUUCGUCUGGGUGUCCUAAGCUGCGUCCGCUGACACUGCUAGCUUUCAAACUUCACAAAAGUCACCUUGCCUUAUUCUGGUGUCACAGUGUUUCUCAACCUUGGCCACUUUCAGAUGUGUGGACUUCAACUCCCAGAAUUCCCCAAAAGGUUGAGAAACACUGUGAUAUCCUAACAUGGAAUAAUUCUAAUCGGUUCAGAGGGUAGAAGGGGGAAAUAGGACACGAUUGCACGUUAAUUCUUUGAAUCAAGACUGAAUGAUGUGUGUGCAAUUAAAAAAUGCUGCUAAAAAGACUGACAUUGUCAAAGAUUUGCACCCUGCAGCAAAAGGCCUUUUCAGACCCCCUAUGGAAGCUGAGACUCAAAGCAGUGGUUUCAGAAGUUAGUUUGACUGCCCUGUAUUCAAAUGAUUUUCUUCCGUUUUUUUUUUCAAAGGUGGAGCUGGCCGAAACCCUUAGUGAUUUAUCAAUCACUCCACUGUUUAGUGCUUCUGACCGGUUUACUGUCAUUGGCUGGGAGGCACAGGAGGGAGCAUUUGCUCCCAAUCUGGUUUCAAACCUUUGCAAAAUGUGCAAGAAUGUCAGCCCAUCCAGGAAGAGUGGUUUCGUUUUGUUUUUAAAUUGGGAAGGCAUCUAAUAUUGCUACGACCAAGGCUGUCUGCAGAAGGGGGAUCACAAAUGCAUGAUCAAGACUCCACUCUUCUCUACAUGUGUCACAUAUGUAAAAAAGGGGUAGGGCUUCACGUGAUCACAGCCACCAACUUGACUUUGCAGAUUCCCCCUGUGGACUCCCUGGCUAUGGCACAACCAGCCUUAAGUUUUAAAAUACCAUAAGCUAUUGUUUGAAAUAAGCUUUGUUUUCCUAAAGAGAAUAAAUCCAAUUAAUACAGGUAUAUAUUUAUAGAGAUGCAGAGAUGUCUCCCUGUCUGCUUUUGGACAAGGCUGGUAUCAAAGGAAUGAACUAGCCACACAGAUUUGGUUAGUGGGCUGAGCUGGCUCCUCGGCUCUUGGCUUGGAUAUUUCCCAACUUUGCACCUCCAGUGUUUUGAGGCUGCUUCAGUUGGCUGUGGAAUUCUGGGACUUGGAGUGCCAACACACCUGGAAGGCUACCAGCUGGGGAAGGAGGCAUUUGUUUGUCCCUUCCACUCCUACCCACUUUCUUGCCCAGAUAGUUAACCCACACACAUCUGUCUGUCCAUCCAUCCAUCCAUCCUCAAUACAUUUAUUAUUUCACCCACAGCACCUGGUAAGUUCAAAUUUACCUGGAUCUCCUGCUGCUUGUGCCCUUCCUGGGUUAUGUUCAAAGGGCUGUUUGGAUUUUAUUGCCUUUCCAAGGUUCCCUCAGCUCAGCAGCAGCUCUCAAGGAUUGGCCCAGAUCAAUUGCAAGUUCUUGCCAGGGACCUCCAUGGUGCUAUGGGUUAGAGUGGCAUUUGAGGGUCAGGGUAGGGACUCAGAAGUUGGCUUGCUAACAGGACAUAGAGCAAAAAGGGAGGAUUGUGGUUUCUGUUUUCUGGAAGACAAAUGCAACUUAGUGCAGUCUGGAUACUCUUACGGUUUUCAUUAAGCUUGGCAAGAUUCCUCAUUUGAUUGUUUCUUUCUGAAUUCAGGAAGGAAUCUAAAUUCCCACCGACCUACUUGUAAUUCUGUGUUAACCAUGCCAUCCUUGGAAAAGCUCAUGAAAGGUAUUGAUUCCAUACCUCCUUAAGCAGUAGAUGUCUUGACAGCCUUCCCCUCUUAUUUAAUACCUUUGUAAGGUAGCAUAUUUGGGCUGCAGAAAUCCAAAGUAUCACUAGAUGACAGCAAGGAGGGAGAGAAAACUAAGGUCUUGCUGUCAUCUGGCCCAGAUCCAGGGCCCUGCGCUACCCGCAACCGUGCACAUUUAAGAUUAUAAAGCAAUGCAACAGAUAAUAUAGAUCACUGUCUGGGAACAGAAGAGAGAUGCAAUGUGAGAAAGUCAAGAGCCAAGCACAAUGUGAAGAACCUGAAUCAAGGGAUGGAUGAUGACACUUUAGCUUACAGAUGACGUGGGAGAGAGAGGGGGAUUUGUACAGUUAUGGAUCAUGGGGAGAAAGUGGAAAUGUGUUUUCCUUCUGUCAAAAUUAAAACCCAGUUGAGUGAUUUCAUUAAAGUUGAUGGUAAAUGGUGGUCUGUAAUCUGUCCAGAGAACUUUGGGUAUCAAGUGGAUAAGAAGUUUAAUAAAUAAUAAUGCUAAUACUGUCUAGCCUGACUCAUUUUGGAACUAGGAUAAAAAUGAGAAAAAAAUUGAAAUGAUGAGUUUGGCGAAGAAGUAAAAAUCCCCUUUAAUUUUAAACCUUUUUGGGCCUCUUGGCUAUAAAAUAAAAUUUCAUUUUAAUAUUAAACAUC